UAAAGCAGCGCAAAUCUGGUGAAUCUCCUUCAGCAGAGUUGACGGCUGACACUCCUUCAGCACUGGUGAAAAUAUUAAGGCUUGCCGUAAAAAGUAUGGGACUAGAUCCACUCAAGCUGCCGGAUAAGUCCCUAAAAGUUCCAGUUUUGGGUGGCAUGCAGCUGCACAAUGGCAGCCUCUCAGGCCUCGGCAGCAUUCGGAGCACUGGGCCAAACUACUUGAGGUCUGACGAUCGCGGCACGGAACUUCACAUUGACAUGGGCACUGGGAGUGUCGCAAUCAACUAUACCACAACUAUUUCUGUGCUGUUUCUUUCUGUAGACGUAUACAUAUUUGUGGACGUCGACAGUACUCGCUUGACGGUUACGAUAAAUGAGACGAGCAAUGCAAAGUUGGCUCUGCAGUCUUUCGAGAUUAUGUCACUGCAGGGGCUUGAUAUUCGACUGAAAGCAUUGAAAUUGACUGAUCCGGCCACGAACGCGAUCUUAGGAACUGCAACAACAGUACUCAGAGGCCUAAUAAAGGUCGUAGCUGAGUCCAUCAUGCGCGAAAUGAUAAUUGAAGUGAUUAAAAAAGUAAACGAACAGCUAUGAC